AUGACCAGAAAGAACCGCCGCCGCCGAGCUACGCCCCCGGGCGACCGAAGAACGCGUGCCCGCCUUGACGAUGAUAGCCUGCGGCCACAGGACUGUUACGAAUCAGCAAUUGUAUAUCGAGCGAAUCCUUUUGCGGGCUUCAAUGCGCCUACCAACUUCGGAUUCAGUCAUGAUAUCGCGAUCAACAAUAUGCCGCCAUCGUCGGCCGAGUAUCGCAUGAGCGUCUUGCUUCCGCACGGGAUCAAGAUUCGCGACACUCCAAAAUUCUACGAUGCGAAUGACCACUUCGAUAGCAACCCAACUCAUAACAACUUCCAUCGAAUCCCCAAAGAAGAUGGAGAAUUGUCUGCGCACGGCCUUGCUGAGGUUUGGGUGUCUCCAUCGCUGCUGAAAGACUUCGUUCAGAGUUACAAUGCUUUGCUGAGAUGUCCGCAUGCCUCAAUCGAGACCAAAAAGGCUGAAGUCAUGAGCCUCCUGUUCAGAAAGACGAGUUACGGCCUCCCACCGCACAUUUGGAGCUACUGGAUCCAGACACUUGGCUUCGGGAGAAGCUGGUCGGAAUCUUUCAUUGGCCUGACGAUGCAGCUGGACAACCGAAUCAUCCUGCCGUAUCUGACCAUCGAGUUUUGGCGAGAAGGCGAUGGCGAGUUUGGCUGCGUGAACAGAAUGGCAAGAAAUGCAGGCGUCGCCCUGUAUAACAGAUACAUCUUGCGGGAGAUGUCUGUGAACAAGUUGAUUGAAGAACCAACUUGGGAUGCCAGAGACACUGGCGAUCCUCUACAAGACAUAAAGCACUAUGGGAUAGUCAUGUCAGAAACAGGUUUCACAGUCAGGGUGUUCCUGCCUGACAGCCCCGGCACUGCACAUGGCGUUCAAGGCGACACCAAGACUAUCAACUGUGGAAAUCUCACUGGGCAGAUGAGGUGGACGGGAUGCACCGCAUAUGAGAUGAUGUCUGGUACUCUUCGACAACAGGCAUCAGUCUGGUAUCUGCUAAGCUGGGUGAACGAGAUUCAUCGUUGGGCGAUCGGAGCGUAUGCCCCUGGUUGCGCUCGCGAUAUCGACCGCUGCAUGUCAAAGAGGCAGCGGUGA